AUGGCGACGCUGGUGGGAGAGCAGUCGGUCAAGGGCAGCACCGAGACGACGCGGCUGCUGCUGCUGACCUUUGUGUCGAUUGGCGUCACCUUCACGUGGGGUGUGGAAAUGACGUACUGCACGCCCUACCUGCUCAACCUCGGCCUCACCAAGAGCAACACGUCGCUCAUCUGGAUCGCCGGGCCUCUCUCGGGCCUCAUAGUCCAGCCCAUCGUGGGCGUCAUCUCCGACGAGAACACGUCGAAAUGGGGACGCCGGAGGCCCUUGAUGAUUGCCGGCGCCGUCGUCGUCGCUGCCGGCCUCGUUAUCAUGGGCUUCACCCGCGAGCUGGUCGGGCUGGUGAUUGGCGAUGAUGAACAGGCCAGGCGCCCGGCCAUUGCGCUGGCCGUGCUGUCCAUCUACAUCGUCGACUUUGCCAUCAACGUCGUCCAGUCGUGCGCGCGGAGCCUCGUCGUCGACACGCUUCCACUCGAGCGGCAGCAGACCGGUGCCGCAUGGACCAGCAGAAUGUGCGCCAUCGGCCAUGUCAUAGGGUACGCGGCCGGCUCCGUCGACCUUGUCCAGCUCUUGGGGACCACGCUGGGCGAUUCUCAGUUCCAGCAGCUGACCGUCAUCGCCUCCGUGGCCAUGCUGGGGUCCACGGCCUUGACCUGCUGGGCCGUCACCGAGCGCGUCCUCGUGUCGCCCGAGGAUGCCAAGAGCCAGACCAUCCUCGGCGUGCUGCGCCAAAUCCACCACACCCUUCGCCAUCUCACGCCUCGCAUCCAGGCCAUAUGCUGGGCCCAGUUCUGGGCCUGGAUCGGCUGGUUCCCCUUCCUCUUCUACAGCACCACCUGGGUCGGCGAGACGUACUAUCGCUACGACGCGCCCGCCAAGGAGAAGCAGUCGCAGGAUGCGCUCGGCGACAUUGGCCGCAUAGGGAGCCUGUCGCUUUUCCUCUACUCAACCCUCACGACCGUCGCCGCUUUUGUCUUGCCGCUGCUGGUCAAGUCGCCCGAUGGCGAUGCCUUCACCCACCGACCGCCAGCAGCCAUUGCCGGGCUUGUCAAGUCGUGGAACGAGAGGAAGCCCGAUAUCCAGACGACGUGGAUGUGCGGACACUUUGUGUUUGCGGCGUCCAUGUUUUUUGCGCCGCUCGCCAAGAGCUUUCGCUUCGCAACCGCCCUCAUGUGUUUCUGCUCGCUUCCGUGGGCCAUUGCCACGUGGGCACCCCCGGCGCUCCUCGGCGUCGAGGUCAACAAGCUCAGCGGCGGAACCGAGAACGGCGGCGCGUAUCGACAAUUGUCCGGCGAGCCGGACAUUGAGCUGUCGCCCUUCAGCAACGGCAACGGCAGGCUGCACCCAGAGUCUGUGCUCAGUCGCACGGGCACGUCAAAGUCGUCGACGACGGUCGAGCUCUCGGGCAUCUACUUUGGCAUCCUCAACAUCUACACGGCACUGCCGCAGUUUGUCGGCGCCUUCAUCGCCUCCAUUGUCUUCGCGGUGCUGGAGCCCGGCGGAAGCCCCGAGCUGGCGGCGGACGCGAACGCGGACAAGGGCCCUGGCGACCGGACGGGGCCCAGCGCCAUCUCGGCGUGUCUGUUCAUCGGGGCCUUGAGCGCGCUCGUGGCGGCUUUUGCGACGCGCAAGCUCAAGCGCUUGUAG